CAGCCGACACUGGAACUCCGGUCUCCUGAAUGAAUGUCACUGAUCGAUUCGCUGCCGAUGCCACUGUUCGAUUUUGGGAGUCAAAACCCUAGAAAGAUUGUGAUCUUUCCAUUUCGAGGUACCUUUUCCUCGAUUUCGAGCUUUAGUUUUAGCUGUCAAUGUCGAACAUUGCAGUUCCUCACUCCCACGCUUCCACUGCAGCUCCGCAGAAACCGCCGCUUCAAUUAAGCCCUCUUUCCGUACAAACUUGAAUCCGCUAAACCCUAGAAACCGUGUUCUUCUGCUCCGUCCGUGGCGCUUAUAAUCAAAGCUCAACCCUUUUUGGCUUGAUUGAUCCCCCUAAUCCGAAUUCAUAGGGUUAAUAGGAAGCUAGGACUCCGGAGAUUAUAAAGUCCGAUUUUGUAAACAACAAAGCAAUCAAAGAAACUCGGCCACCACAAUGCCAUCGCGGAGCAGGAGUCCUCGCUGAUUGGGACCACAGCAAUGGAUGACCUUGACAACAAUUCUUCUGAGCUCAAUCUUGAUGAUGAGGGAGCGGCCUCCGAUGAUUCAUCAAGCCGCCAUCCUCUGCGACCAGGCUCACCAAAGCAGGGCCGAGGGCCAAGGAAUGGGAGCUCACUUCCAGGUUAUACUAAGUGCGAUAGCUAUGUCAUGGUCAGCGUCAGUUCUAGGUCGAAGAGUGAGAUUAGGGAGCUUAAGAGAAAACUAAUGAGUGAGCUUGAUCAAGUUAAGAGCUUGCUCAAGAGGGUAGAAGCUAAGGAGGUAGAGAUUUACUUGGGUGCUGAUGGGUACACAAAUUCGCAGUUUUCGGUGAAUCACAAGGUGGGAAGCUUGAUGAGAGUUAAUUCUGAGGUAGGCUCGGUAGGCCCACCCAUUUCCCGACCUCCACCAGGGGUUACUGUUUCUGUGGCAGAUAGCAAUAAUGGGGCCGGUAGUGAAUUCGUUGAUAAAAGGACCCCGAAGGCAAAUCAUUUGCACCGUAAUUCCAAAUCCAUAGCUGGUAGGGAUAAGUUCCCACCGGUGGAGAGUAACAAGAAGGUGAAAAAAUCGAAUGGGGGGACCAAUGAUAAUAGAGGGCCAGGUUUUGGGGCAGAUAAGCAAUCGAGCCAAUUGUUCAAGAGCUGUAGCAAUUUGUUGACGAGAUUGAUGAAGCACAAGUUUGGCUGGGUGUUUAAUAAACCGGUGGAUGCUGAAGGUCUUGGGUUGCACGAUUAUUUCACAAUAAUCAAACACCCAAUGGAUUUGGGAACUGUUCAGACUAGGCUAAACAAAAACUGGUACAAGUCACCGAGGGAAUUUGCUGAGGAUGUGAGACUUACACUUUGUAACGCUAUGUUGUAUAACCCGAAAGGGCAAGAUGUUCAUUUCAUGGCUGAUACUUUGUUAAAGAUGUUUGAAGAGAAGUGGGCUGUUAUAGAGAAGGAGCAUAAUCUGGAAUUUAGAAGAUAUGAUAUGGCUGUACAGAGUCUACAGACGCCAACAUCAAAGAAGGCUCCAACUCCUUCAGCUCCACCUGCACUUCCUUCUUCGCGUCCUCAGUUGAGAGACUUGGAUCGGUCAGAAUCGACGACACUCCCCGUGGAAUCCAGAACAAAGCCAGCCAGUCUCCAUAAUACGGGCAGGACCCCAGUUACAAAGAAGCCCAAGGUGAAAGACACACAGAAGAGAGAAAUGACAUACGAGGAGAAGCAGAAGCUCAGUGAUGACCUGCAGAAUUUGCCAUCAGAGAAGUUGGAAAAUGUCGUUCAGAUUAUUAAGAAAAGGAACCCUCAUCUCUUUCAGCAGGAAGAUGAAAUCGAGGUCGAUAUUGAUAGUGUUGACCUUGAAACUCUUUGGGAGCUUAAUCAGUUUGUGGCUGAUCAUAAGAAAAACAUGAGCAAGAUCAAGAGGAAGACUGAAGUCGCUCUUCAAGGGAGAGCUGAAGCAGGGCAUCCUGUCCCAGAAUCAAAAUCAAUUUCUGCUGCUGCGGGGGCACUGAAAGAGAAUGCCAGAGGUGCGGUUGAAACAAAUGUGGUUGCAUCGUCUCCUGCCCAGAUGGAAAAGCAGGAUGGGAAUGCGAGUAGAUCAAAUAGCUCAGGUGGCGGCUCAAGUAGUAGUGGCUCGGGAUCCUCUUCAUCGGAUUCCGACAGCGGCUGAUCUUCAUGAUGCUUGUCACUAUUUUGGAUAACAUGAGCUAAUCAAGUUGAGAAACAUAGAAAAACCAAAGAUUUCUACUGGAACUCAUAGGGGUCUCUGACAGGAUAUGGAGACAACAGUGCGGGAGAUCUGAAUGGGCAGCAAAGGAGUUGGCAAAGCCGUCUCGUUACUUGUGAAGCCUUUGGUACUUCUUGCAUUGUAGCUCGAUUUGAAUGCGUCUUUUUAAGGUUUAGACUUUUUAGGGACUUGUUGUAAUGCUAAUAGUUCGAUUUGUAAAAAGACAUGGAUUCUUUCAAUGACCUUUCUUCUAUUUUAUCAUGUCACGUAGAUAUAUAGAUGAUAUGAUAGGAACUUAUAGAUGUUUUAAUCGUUCUUAACCCGGUGCCCGUUGGUUUGUA